AUGAAAUUCAUACCCUUGACUCAACAUUAUUAAACUGUGGCUUUUAUUUAUGAAAAAUGUGCUGAUAUCUCAAAAUAAAUAGAUGCACUUUCAUAAUAAUUAAAAUUAAAUGUUUAGAUUGAAAAUGAAGAAAAAUAAUAACAAUCAAAGAUUAAUCAAUAGGAAAAGGAAAAUAAUUAAUAAGAAUAAAUCUAAGAGUAAAAUGAAAAUCUCACAAAUGAAAAAUAAGUAAUCAUUAAAAAUCAGAAGAAAAAAUAAUAGAAUAAGAUAACAUCCAAACAGUUUGGAAAAAAAAUAGCAAAAAAUUAGCAAAAAUAAAAGGUUUAUAGGAUUUGCCACCAUUGUGAUUAAUUGUUUGAAACUUUUAAACUGUAUUAAAGACAUCAAUAUUAAUUAUUGUAAAGAAAAAAAAUUAAUUAUAGGAAAUUUAUUAAAUAAUAAAAGAAUACUGUUUAAACUGAGGAAGAGGAAAAAUAUGGAAAUAAAAGGCGUCAAAAACCCAAAAACAGAAUAACAAAUAUUGAUUCAAUCGAAAUUUGUAUUUGA